AUGGAAUCAAUUCUCAAGCUCAUGCCGAUUCAUGAUUUGAAUCUCUAUGCUUCGACCUUUUUCUUAGUCAUGGAUUACAGAAUUCUUGUUACUGGUGCCGCUGGAUAUAUGCAACAUAAGAUUGUCCCACCCCGAAACAUAGUUGCGGUAGUCCGGUCCGACAAGCAAGCUCUCGAACUAUCCGCCUUGGGGAUUGACGCCGUCCAUGUCGACUUGGGGGACACCGGCGCAAUCACUCAACUUGUUCUUGAGAAAGACAUUGAACUCGUAGUUCACUGCGCUAGUGCCACUGACGCUUCUCUCGCGAAGCCGCUCCUCUCGGGCUUGGGAAGGAGAAAUCAGCAGACAGGAAAGGCAGCCUACUUCAUCCACACCUCCGGGGCAAGUGCCUUCGCUGACUAUACAGGUUGGCCUCAUGGCAAGGUCUCCGAUGCUGACCAAGUUCACGCUCUCGUCAAGCAAGUUCCAACGCCAUACGUGGUUAGGGAUACGGAUAAUACCAUUUUUGACUUGUCAUACGAGAACAAUGUCACAAGUUUCAUUGUUGUCCCGCCUAUCAUCUUCUAUAUCCAAGCAGCAAUUGGAAACAAGGCCGUUUACAAAUUCUCUAAGGAUAGCGAAUGGCAGGCUAUUCAUGUCACCGACUUAGCUCGCUUUUACACUAGCAUGAUCCGCAGUAUAGUACAUGGUAAUGCUCCCGUGGGUGGCCCGGACGGUUACUUUUUUGCCUCGGCUCAUAAACUACCAUGGUGGGAUCUGCUUCACUGCCUGGCCAGCCGUCUCCAUGCCAAAGGGCUAGUUUCAACCGCAGACGUCAACGUCUGGCCGAACGAGGAUCUGGUGGCGAAGAGCUUUGGUAUGCCUCUGGAAUAUGUGAGCAUUGGGUGGAAUUCAAACUCUAUUACGCUCUGCCAGAAGGGUGACCUCAUCAGGUGGAAGCCAAUUUGGAAUUAUGCUAUGCUUCUAGAACACAUGGAUGAGGAGAUUGAAAAAGUCCAGCAAGCAGGUCUAAGCGCGAAAAUGAUAAAACUGCCCCCAAAGUUGCGUUAG